AUGGGCAUGAGGAUCAAGCUGCACAGCACCAACCAUCCCAACAACCUGCUGAAGGAACUCAACAAGUGCCGGCUCUCUGAGACCAUGUGCGACGUCACCAUCCUGGUGGGCUCCCGCUCCUUCGCCGCGCACAAGGCCGUGCUGGCCUGCGCCGCUGGCUACUUCCAGAACCUCUUCCUGAACACGGGGCUGGACGCUGCCAGGACCUAUGUAGUGGAUUUCAUCACACCAGCCAACUUUGAGAAGAUCUUGAGCUUUGUGUACACUUCAGAGCUCUUUACAGACCUCAUCAACGUGGGCGUCAUCUACGAGGUGGCAGAGCGGCUGGGCAUGGAGGACCUGCUGCAGGCCUGUCACUCCACCUUCCCCGACCUGGAGAGCUCGGCCAUCACGAAGCAGCCCACCCUGUCCGUGGGGGAAGGCCGGGCAGGGCCGCUGAGCAGCACCUCCUCGGAGCAGAGCCACUCUUUGGGUGAAAUCCGGAGUGGUGGGGAGCACUUCGGCCCCGAGCGGAGUUACGUCCUGCACGGGGAUGUGGCAGGCAGCUACAAAGAGGAUGACAGGAAUCCUGUGGGCGAAACCAGCCAGGCUCUUCCCUUGAUGCAUCCACAGCAGCCUCCCAAGACGGAACAGGAGUCAGAUCCAGGGCAGUUCGCUCCGGCCGUGGGUCUGGGGGCACAGCCCAGCGGGAACGUCGCGACACAGACCACUGGUGGCUCCUGCCUGCAGUACAAGGCCCAGAGCAACGGUGACUAUGGCAAGGGUGGCUUCUUCCCCACUGACCCGUCACUGGAUGUCUCCACAGGGAGCAACUCCUGCCCCAGCAACAGUGACCACUCCAAAGAGCAGGGAUUCGAGCAGAUGGAGGAGCUCCAGCUGGAGGAUCUGGGAGAGGCCGAGCUGCAUUUCGAGGACGCUGGGGAAGAGCUGGGCCCGUCCGAGGAGGUGAUUGAGCUGAGUGACGACAGUGAGGAGGAACUGGCCUUUGAGAGCGACGGCCGGGACAGCAAGGCCAUGCCCUGCCAGGUGUGCAAGAAGGUCCUGGAGCCCAACAUCCAGCUGAUCCGCCAGCACGCCAGGGACCACGUCGACCUGCUCACUGGGAACUGCAAAGUCUGUGAGACACACUUCCAGGACCGCAACUCCAGGGUCACGCACGUCCUGUCCCACAUUGGCAUAUUCCUCUUCUCCUGCGACAUGUGUGAGACCAAGUUCUUCACCCAGUGGCAGCUGACGCUGCACCGGCGAGACGGUGUCUUCGACAACAACGUCAUUGUCCACCCCAGUGACCCGCUGCCGGGGAAGGUGGCUGUGUUUGGGGGAGGGCCCAGCCCUGACCUUGCCUGUGCUGCCUGCGGGAAGCCCUUGGCCAAAGAUUUCCACACCGUCCGCAGCCACCUCCUGGAGCACGUGAACCUGAAGAGCCAGACGUGCGGCGUGUGCGACCAGAGGCACCUGAGCCUCUGCAGCCUGAUGUGGCACACCCUAUCCCACCUGGGCAUCUCCGUCUUCUCCUGUUCCGUGUGUGCCAACAGCUUCGUGGACCGGCAGCUCCUGGAGAAGCACCUGGCUGUGCACCAGCACGUGGAGGAGGCUCUUUUCCAGUGCCACUUCUGCAGCCAAAGCUUCAAGCUAGAAGCGGCGUAUCGGUACCACGUGAGCCAGCACAAGUGUGGGGGGAGCCUGGACAUCCGCGGCAGCUUCGGGGAGCGGCUGGGGAAACUGCCUGAGGAGUUCCUGAGCGAAGACCUGGUGCUUCAGAGCCAGCCAGGUAACAGCAAGUACAGCUGCAAGGUGUGCGGGAAGAGGUUUGCCCACACCAGUGAGUUCAACUACCACAGGCGCAUCCACACCGGGGAGAAGCCGUACCAGUGCAAGGUGUGCCACAAGUUCUUCCGUGGCCGCUCCACCAUCAAGUGCCACCUGCGGACGCACUCGGGGGCCCUCAUGUACCGGUGCACGGUGUGUGGGCACUACAGCUCCACGCUCAACCUCAUGAGCAAGCACAUAGGGGUGCACAAAGGCAGCCUCCCUCCGGACUUCACCAUCGAACAGACUUUUAUGUACAUCAUCCAUUCCAAAGAGGCCGAGAAGAACACGGAUAGCUGA